AUGAAGAACUGUGGAAACCCAUUCAAGGCUUUGUUUCCAAAGAAGAACGAUGCUUGCAUAUGCCCACAAGUUCUCUCUCUACUGAACGACUUUGAGACAAGUUUGACGGUAUCGAUUGCAGAACUUGUACCAAAGGGUGAUGAUGGGAAGGAUUUUAUCACUGUUUCUUGGAUGAUUCAAGCAAUGCACUCUCUUUGUGAGACACACCAGAGUUUCACGACACUCGUGACCAAUCUAGAACUUCCUGCAUCCGACAUGGAACAAAGCUUGAUUUUUAUGCACUGUGACAUCAGUGCGAAGCUGCUUCAGCUCUGCACCGCCUUCGAGUCAGAGCUGGACCGGCUUAACCACGGAAACAUGUUACUCAAGUUUGCUUUUGGUAAGCCUGAGGAGUUUUCUUUAUCGCAUCUCGACCGUUGGAGGCAGCAUAUGGCUUCCAAGAACCCGAGAAUCGAAAACUGCGGUGAGGUUUUGAGUAGUCUUGUUGAAUCCAUGAAUCAUCAUCAUAGCCUCUACAAGAAGGUGAAGAAGACGAAAGAAAAUGAAAAAGAAAAGGUUCUCCUGCGAGCUCUAUAUGGUGCACAGGUCGAGACUUUAUACAUAUUCAGCGUGUUUGAUGCAGCGUUUACUGGUUCUUCCAAGAAUCUCUUGUACUUAACCAUUCCAAAGGAUAUGGAGGAGGUUCCUUGGGGACAAGCUUUCAUGGAACUGGAAAACAUGAUCAACAUGGAGAUCAAGAACACGUUCUUAUCAGACAGAUUCAUGGUUAUAAAAGAUCUCGAGGCUGUUGAAUCUGGUGUGGAGAAGCUUUACGCAGAGGUCCAAGAACGUUCAGUAGUUCCUAACUUGUUGAUGGUGGAGCAACUGAAUCAAUCAGUGAUGGAACUUUCAGAAAUGAUUGAUCUUGUCUUCAAGGAAAUGAGCUGCUUGUUCGACGCGUUGACCUCUGCUCGAGACGCAUUGUUCGACAAGCUCAGGAACAAACUCGAAGAUAAGCUAGCUGGGAGUAAGUAA